AUGUACAACAUCGCCCGCGCCAGUCGGCCGAUGGCCAGCGCCGUCCGCGCAGCCUACACACCAUUGAGGCAGUCCGCUGUCCAGCAGAGACGAUGCUUGUCGAUACACGAAUACCGGUCCGCCGCGCUGCUCGAGUCGUACGGCAUUGGCGUGCCCAAGGGCGGUGUUGCGACCAACGCUGCGGAGGCCGAGAAGAUCGCCAAGGAGAUUGGCGGUGACGAUGCUGUUAUCAAGGCCCAGGUCCUCGCUGGUGGCCGUGGAAAGGGCACCUUCGACAACGGCUUCAAGGGCGGUGUCAGGGUCGUCUACUCCCCCCGCGAAGCCUCCAUCCUCGCCGACCAGAUGAUCGGCCACAAGCUCAUCACCAAGCAGACCGGAGCCGCAGGUCGUCUCUGCAACGCCGUCUUCAUCGUCGAGCGCAAGUUUGCGCGCCGGGAGUUCUACCUCGCCAUCCUCAUGGACCGCGCCUCGCAGGGCCCCGUCAUCGUCGCAUCGUCGCAGGGUGGCAUGGACAUCGAGACCGUGGCCAAGGAGCACCCCGAGGCCAUUAUCACCACCCCCAUCGACAUCCACGUCGGUGUCACCGACGAGAUCGCCCGCAACAUCGCGACCGAGCUCGGCUUCUCCGAGCAGUGCAUCGAGGACGCUAAGAACACCAUCCAGAACCUGUACAAGGUCUUCACCGAGCGCGAUGCUACCCAGAUCGAGAUCAACCCCCUGUCCGAGACCACCGACCACCAGGUCCUCGCCAUGGACGCCAAGCUCGGCUUCGACGACAACGCCGACUUCCGCCAGAAGGAGGUCUUCGAGUGGAGGGACGUCACCCAGGAGGACGCUGAUGAGGUCAAGGCCGCCAAGGUCGGCCUCAACUUCAUCAAGCUCGACGGCGACAUCGGCUGCCUCGUCAACGGUGCCGGCCUUGCCAUGGCCACCAUGGACAUCAUCAAGCUGAACGGCGGCUCGCCCGCUAACUUCCUCGAUGUUGGAGGCGGUGCUACCCCUGAGGCUAUUCGCCAGGCUUUCGACCUCAUCACCUCUGACCCCAAGGUCACUGCCAUCUUCGUCAACAUCUUCGGUGGUAUCGUCCGCUGCGACGCCAUUGCCAAGGGUCUCAUCCAGGUCGUUGAGAGCAUGAACCUUAAGACACCUGUCAUUGCCCGUCUGCAGGGUACCAACAUGGAGGCGGCGCACAAGCUGCUCAACGACUCCGGCCUCAAGAUCUUCUCCAUCGACGACCUGCAAGCCGCUGCCGAGAAGUCGGUGCAGUUCUCCAAGGUUGUCAAGAUGGCGCGCGACAUCGACGUCGGCGUCGAAUUCACUCUUGGUAUUUAA